CCUACUACUACUAUUUUGUCGUGGUUGGUAAUCCGUGUCAUGCUCUUGCAUUCAAUUGAGAUUUUCUCCAGCUCACUGAGCACAAUUAUGACGGUUUAGAUCACAAUUUAAACAAAGUUGUUCUGUUGGAAAAGACAAUCUUAUCAAUCCGUUCACAAGCACAGAGAAUUAUGGAACAUAUACUCGUAAAUUGUAAAAUUACAACCAAGGUCCUUAACCAACGGCCAUGAACUUCACUUGCACAGAAACACCACAUAACGACUCCUGGUGUCCUGAAGUUUUUGACAACUUUUUAUGUUGGCCAGCCACACCUCCGGGCCAAAAUGUCUCCCUCCCUUGUCCAGAGAGAAUAAAUGGCGUUAUUAUAGGAGCUAAAGCCUACCGGCGUUGUCUUGAGGAUGGCAGGUGGGAAACGAGAGGCGAUGAAAAAGAUAAAGACAAAGGGUAUACUAAUUACAAUAAUUGUUUACUGCCACAACUUCUCGACCUUUUAAAGAUGUGCGAUGAAAUAAAGGAAUGUGCUCAGAUUACACGAACAACGAGAACUAUCGAAAUGGUGGGACUUUCGUUCUCUUUGAUUUCGUUGAUUGUGUCCCUAAUUAUAUUUUUUCAAUACAGGGUCCUUAAAAAUAACAGGACAAAAAUCCACAAGAAUCUAUUCAUUGCCACCCUUUUGCAGGUAGUUUUUCGUCUUAUUAAGUACGUCGAUCAAGAGCUCAAAGCAGGGGAUAGGAUAAUCGAAAAUACGCCCAUUCUCGACGAAGCCUGCAUAACACUGCUGGAAUACUCAAAAACCGCAAUGUUCACGUGGAUGUUCAUCGAAGGUCUUUACCUCCAUAACGUGAUAACCGUCACAGUGUUUCAAGAAUAUUCCUAUAUAAAGAUAUACUUUUACGUAGGAUGGACAGCCCCUGCAGUGAUCACCGCCGUUUGGGUGUGGACGAUGAAGAUGGUCAGAAGUAAUUGGGGGUUUUAUUAUUUUUUACCGUACUAUUGGAUUUUGGAAGGACCACGUUCCACCAUUAUUGUGGUUAAUCUUCUAUUCUUGAUAAACAUCAUCCGUGUUUUAAUAGUAAAACUGAGGGAAAGCCACACAAGCGAAAUAGAACAAGUCAGAAAAGCGGUCCGAGCUGCAAUAUUCCUGUUGCCUUUAAUGGGCAUCGCCAAUAUUUUGUUCUGGAUGGGGUAUCGAUUUACUCAAGGAUGGAAACUGGCUUUAUGGUCGUACACCAGUUACUUUCUCAACACUUUUCAAGGAUUUUUCGUAGCGAUAUUAUAUUGCUUCUUAAAUGGGGAAGUUCAAACCGCUGUGAAGAACAGUUUCUAUUUACACAUGUCUUUGAGAAACCACGACUACACUCCUUGCAGGAACUUAACGCUGAUUUCCACGGCCCCCGACCCAGAACAGCACAUUGAAAAAGAGAGCACAAACUGGAUUCGCUACUGCUUGAAGCAGAACAAAAAAUCGCCGGAAGAAAAGGAAAUCAGCGUAUGUGAUUUGAAUGAUCGUCGCAAUUCCGCCAUUGUUACCGCUUUAACGAUGGUGGAAACGAAGCCACUUACAAGGUUCGUUGUUGCCACAGUCUGCUUUAUGUUAAUAUUCUUAACCAAAUUUUGGUCGAUUGUCGCGUUUUAUUUUUCUUACAGAGAAUCAGUCAAUACGUUGCCAAAGCUAUCCGACGAAACAGAUACGACGAUAAUAGAAGACAAAAGUUCAGAGACAAAAGUGUGACAAAAAAGCGGAACAAGUUUGGAACCAGCUAAUGAAAACAGUGCGUGGUCAAUUCGUUAUUGAAGCUGAGUGAAGAAAAACCAUUCCGAAGUGGAGAACCAAACGGUUCAUGUCGAGAAGUGGAGCCAACAUUCGUCGGUUUUUUAAGCUGUACAAAGUUGUUACAUAAUGUUUUUGUAAAGAAAUACUCUACUGUAACUUAAAGUAUUCUUUGUUAUAUUGUUGUACGCCAAACUGUAAAUACUACAUUUUCUCUGUGACUGUCUGUAAAAGAAUGUUAAUAUAAUAUAUAUUUUUCAAGA